AUGGUUUCUGUAAGCAAUUGGCCGUCUGUGUUGAUGCUAGUGGCGACAUGGACAACGCAUUUUGUAAAUGCAGAGUCCGUAUACUCGUUGAGUUCAAAUUCAAAAUGGCAGCCAAUAAAACCUUCGGAAGUCGCAAGAAUGUACAACAACUCUUUUAUGAGUGAUACUAAAUUUACUUUUGGAACUAACAAACUUGGGGAAGUGUUCUACGCACACAAAUACGUACUGGCUUUUAGCAGCCCGCUGUUUUAUGAGAUGUUUUACAGCAAUAAUAUAGAGAAACCUAUCAAGGCCAUUCAUUUGUCCAACCACAAUAACGAAACCAUUGCUGGAUUUUUUGGCUUUAUUUACAAAAAUGAAUGCCCAACAGACUUUGAAGUCGAGGUGUUACGUUUGGUCAUGAAGUACAAAAUUGUUUUGUUCGAUUCUGCUUGCAGCCACACCAUGGGCAUAGAAUCUCAAAAAGUCUUCAAGCUUGUCGAGAAUAUUUUAGAGCUGAAAGCGGAAGCGUUUACUGAAAUAUGUUUGGGCACAAUAGACGGUCUUGCAGACGAAUAUUUCGCCUCAGAAUACUUUUUAAAUAUUAAACAAAGCACGCUUAAUAUAUUACUGAACAGGAACACGCUUUACUACAACGAGACGGAUUUAUUUAAAGCUGUAUUAAAGUGGGCUGAUCAUCAAUGUUCAAAAAAUGACGUGGAACGAACACGAGGGCACCGCAGAAAGGUACUUGGUAAUGCGAUCUAUUCCAUCCGCUUUCUGCUGAUGAAUCAAAGUGAAUUUGCGACACAUGUUAUUCCAACAGGUAUUCUGGAUGAUCACGAAACUGUCGCUAUAAUGAAGGCAAUAGCCGGUGAGCAAGUACCAAACUUAGCUUGGGAUUCAGUUAAGUUACGAAGCAAACGACUCCCUGAGAUAUUGUUUGGUGAACAAAAUAAAGUUACAGUUACUUCAAAGAGCGGUAUUUCGUGGAGAUACUACUUUGCUGCUUUAUUCUUCAUUGUCUUUUUUACCAAAUAUUAUUUGCAUGAACAAGAAAAACAGAAAAGGCAACAAGAAAAUCUGAGAAGGCAACAAGAAAAUCAGAAGAGGCAACAAGAAAAUCAAAAAAGGCUACAAGAAAAUCAAAAAAGGCAACUAGAAAAUCUGAAAAGGCAACAGGAACGUGAUGAAAAUAAUUGGUCAGAAGUGUUAGCAUACUCCGGUGCUUUAAUAGUCGGUGUUGGUGCUGUCGCUGGUAUUGCACUUUCGCAAUCGGGUAAAAAGAGACAGUAA